CGAUGUCCAGAUCUCCUGUCACUAGACUUGAGAUUCCAGCAGCUAACCAUGUUCACAAAAAGCUGUCAGCUGCUCCAGACAUGGGACCUGCUUGGCUCCUGUUGCACCUCGGGCCAGGAGACACUAAUCCAGUGAUUGUCAAGACGGUGGUAUAAAGGUCUGCUAUAUCAAGAGUCUCUGCUGGGUGAACCAAUAGAUGAUCCCCAAAGCAGUCUCUCCUAAACCUCCUGCACUGCAGGAACCCAAACCGCUGCAGACUCAGGCCCCUUUGACGGCUCUGACUUCUCUAUUUGGGUGAAACACUACAUUCGUUAACCUAAGUCUCUGCAUUAAGCGAGCAAAUUCAUAGAAGCGAAAACGCAAGAAAACAGGAUCCUUGGAUCUGGAGCUGACCGGCGCAGAGCAGCUGGGGAAACUGAGGUUCAGAGCCAGGACUCCACGCCUGUAGAGGCGACCGCGAAAGGGGCGCGUCCUGCCCAGUGGGCCGCCUCCUUCCGCCCCCCACGCCGGGGUCUCCCCUCCCGUCUUUUCCCUCGCCAAGCCGCCUCCUCGGAUGCGAGCCAUGGUGGCGACCGUGGCGGCGGCGUGGCUGCUCCUAUGGGCCACGGCCUGCGCGAAAUCCGAGCAGGACUUCUACGACUUCAAGGCGGUCAACAUCCGGGGCAAACUGGUGUCGCUGGACAAGUACCGCGGCUCGGUUUCUCUGGUGGUGAAUGUAGCUAGCGAAUGUGGCUUCACAGACCAGAACUACCGGGCCUUGCAGCAGCUGCAACGGGACCUGGGUCCCUACCACUUUAACGUGCUUGCCUUCCCUUGCAACCAGUUUGGCCAACAGGAACCAGACACCAACAGGGAAAUCGAGAACUUUGCCCGCCGCACCUACAGUGUCUCUUUUCCCAUGUUUAGCAAGAUCGCAGUCACUGGCACUGGUGCCCACCCUGCCUUCAAAUACCUAACCCAGACUUCUGGGAAGGAGCCUACCUGGAACUUCUGGAAGUACCUAGUGGACCCCGAUGGAAAGGUGGUGGGGGCUUGGGAUCCAACGGUGCCCAUUCAGGAGAUCAAGCCGCAGAUCACAGAGCUGAUGGUGAAGCUCAUCCUUAAGAAACGAGAAGAGCUGUGAUUGGUUCCCUCUUCCCCACCACUCCUGUCCCUCGGCAAACUCAAGAGGUGCUUCACAGGCAGUCUGGGCUUCUUGCCCCUUCAUUCACAUGGAGGAAGAAGUCAAAGACUUGAAUGAUUUGACUCCAAGAGCAAGGAAUAGGAAAUCCUGGCCAAUGAGAGUUCUGAACAGUCAAUCACCGGCCAGUAGGCUGCUAGCCAAAGGAAACAUGGCCAGGCUAUGAGAAACCAUGUAGAAGGGUAUGAAGCAACCCUCUCCUAGCUAGGCUUCUAUAAAGAGAAGCCAAGUCUUACCUCACAGAAGGCUGUGAGGAUUAGCAUCUAACACCUGAGAACGUGCCUGGGGCAGUGCUAGCCAAAGAGGAAGCAUUCAGCACAUGUUUUCUGCCUAUAAACAAAACAUUACUUGUGAUAAUAAAACUUGAACUCAACACAAA